GGCGGGGAAGCAAGGUACUGGGGGGAAACUUAGCUAUUAGUGCAGCAGGGUCAUGAAGAAGAGGCGGCGGCGGGAGGAAGGAGGAGGCGGCGGGGGUGAGAAACUGCGGUAGCUCCCGGCUGGACUGGUGGCGUGGCUGUGUGGAAAGGGCGUAGUUCUUAAUCCCUUCUCCGGGCAGCGGCCGGGGCUCGGGGCUGAGAGCGGCCUUGGGGCCGCCUCCCCGGGCCCCCUGGCUCCGCCAUGUUCCGCAGGGCACGCCUUAGCGUGAAGCCGAAUGUCAGGCCUGGUGUAGGCGCCAGGGGUUCCACCGCCCCCAACCCCCAGCGUGGACAAGAGGCGCCCAGGCCCCAGGAUCCUGCAGCGGCCUCCUCCCCGAAGCCAGCGGAGUCUACAGAUGUGCCCCCGGUGGAUUGCGGGGGAUCUGAACCCCAAGAAAAGGCUCCCAAGAGCAGUGAUGAAAAGACUGACAGUGAGAAUUAUGUUGAAGAAUCCAGUAAAUCUUCCUCUACUGUUUCACAGAGAAGAAAGAGAAUAUCAAGUACUCCUACUCUGGUUAAGCCUGGUGUCACUGUUCCUUCAGAAUCUCAUCCCUUAUCUACAGUUAAUCAAGAAGUUGCACAGCCGAACCCUGUUUCAACAAAAGAGAAACAGCCAUGUUCAGACAGAUAUCGAUUAUAUAAAGCCCAGAAACUAAGAGAAAUGUUAAAAGAAGAAUUGAGGAAAGAGAAGAAGCAAUGGAAAAACAAGUAUGCCAUAAAUGAAAGUCAGAAGCCACCAGAUCGUUCAAAAAUGACUAUGAGAGAUUUCAUAUAUUACCUGCCAGAUAAUAAUCCAAUGACUUCUUCCCUGGAGCAAGAAAAGAAAACUGAAAAAUCUUUGACACCAGUCCAGACAAGAGAGCAAGAAGGUAAGAGUACUCCUGAUACUGCAGAUAAUGAAGAACUAGAAGAAGAGGUGGAUGACGGGCCAUUGCUGGUUCCUCGAGUAAAAGUGGCAGAAGAUGGUUCCAUUAUUUUGGAUGAAGAAAGUUUAACUGUAGAAGUUUUAAGGACAAAAGGUCCCUGUGUGGUUGAGGAAAAUGAUCCCAUAUUUGAACGUGGUUCUACAACUACAUAUUCCAGCUUUAGGAAAAACUAUUAUUCUAAACCAUGGUCAAAUAAAGAAACAGAUAUGUUUUUUUUAGCCAUCAGCAUGGUAGGAACUGACUUUUCUAUGAUCGGACAGCUUUUUCCUCACAGAGCAAGGAUAGAAAUUAAGAACAAAUUUAAACGUGAGGAGAAAACAAAUGGAUGGAGAAUAGACAAAGCCUUUCAGGAAAAGCGCCCUUUUGACUUCGAUUUUUUUGCUCAUUUGCUUCAGAAAGUUCUUGCUGAAGAAGAGAAAAGAAAACAAAAAUCUGUUAAAAAUCAGAGUUUAAAAGAGAAGAAAUCCUCUAAGCCAAGGAAAAAUGUAAAAGUGAAAAAAGUUGCCAGUGAAGGAGGAAAUGAUGAUCCAGAUGUAUCUCCAAGCACCAGAAUUUCAGACACAGAACCAUCUCAAAAGGAUGCUCAGAUAGUUGAAGAAGAACAGCACUCUCAGACUUUAACAGCACAGGUUUCAGAACAGAUUGCAUUAGAAACAGACCUAAAUCAAAAGAAAAGAAGAAGAAAGAAUCAGGAUGAAGUUGGUCAACAAGAAGUAAAAAAUCUUUCAGAAAAUGCCACUGUUCAGUUAGGUCAUUCUAAAGGAGAAACAUGCGAAAAUAAAGGUCAGUCUUUAAGGGAGAUAAAUGAAGAUGAAGUCAAUAAGGAACAGAAGCUUUCUCGCAUACAGAAUAUGGAUGACAUUGUGGAUUUAUCCUCCAGUGAAAAAGCUGAGAAAAGAACUGACCCUAUCCUUUCAUCAAGUGGUCAACAAGAUGCCACAUCACUAGGAACUGAAGCUUCAGAAUCAAGCCCUUCAGGUUUGCCUUUAUCAGAAGCUGGAAUUAGUGCACUGUGUGAGGUGAAUAAUGUUGAAAGGAAUUAUACAGAAGAAAGCAGUGUUGACCUAAAAAAUAAAUCAUUGGAAACAGAUCAGUCAGGAAAUGUUAAACUAAUGGGAAGAAGACAACUGCAGAGACCUAAACCCAAUUUAUCAAGGGCAGUUGGGAAGAAAUCUGUUCUUUCACAAGGUAAAACAGAUGCAGAGAGCAAGAGUCUACAUGCAGAAACUUCAUUUGAAAAGAAUGAUAUGGAAAAGGAUAAAGUGAAUACAUUGGACAUUUCUGGAAUGGAGAAUACAGAGAGAGAGAACUCAGAAGCUGAGACUGUAUCUAUUUCUGCUUUGAGUGAAAAAAUUGGUCUGCAGGAAGAUGAUCAAACAAAGACUGUCAGACCAGCACGACUAAUGAGGAGCCGAUUGCAAAGGCCAAAGCCAAAUGUAGGUAAAGCUGCUGAAAGAAAAAUUCUAGCAUCACAGGAAAAAAUUGAGGCCAAUGUAAAAAAGAAUGAAAGUGAAUCCUGUGUUGCUAGAGAUAGUCCUGAGCAAGUAGAAGAUCAGUCAUGUAAAAACGACUUUGAAGACAUCCCAUUACAAUCUGAGAAAGAAGAUAAUUUUUUCCAAAUGAAUGUUAAUGAAUGUGUAAGUAUUCAAGAGGAUAAGAAGGUCCCAGUUCUAAAGACUCGAUUUCAGAAACCAAAGCCAAAUAUAGGAAGAGGAGCUAGAAGAAGAGAAAUUUUCUCAAAGAAAGAGGUGUCAGAGGAGAUUGAAUCUGGGCAAUUUGCAGCACCUUUGAGAGAAAUUACAAGAAUGGAAGAAACCUUACCAAGGGAGAGCAUAUUAGUGGAGGCUAAUUCUACUAAGGAAAUGGAGUCAGUUUUAGGGAAAACUGAAAGAGACAAGUCUCCCAGAGAGAAGAUACCAGAAAUGAUGACCAGCACUUUGGAAAUGGAGACAGAUUUGAAUGAAACAGGAGGAGAGGUUUCCCCAAGGGACACUGUAUCAGAGGUGUCUGAUAUCACUGAGGAAAGAGUGAAGAAUUUGGAAGAAACUGGAAGAGAGGUUUCCCCAAGGGAUACUGUAUCAGACAUGUCUGAUGUCACUGAGCAAAGUGUGAUAAAUUUGGAGGAAACUGCAAGAGAGGUUUCCCCAAGGGAUACUGUAUCAGACGUGUCUGAUGUCACUGAGGAAAGUGUGAUAAAUUUGGAGGAAACUGGAAGAGAGGUUUCCCCACGGGACACUGUAUCAGACGUGUCUGAUGUCACUGAGGAAAGUGUGAUAAAUUUGGAGGAAACUGCAAGAGAGGUUUCCCCAAGGGACACUGUAUCAGACGUGUCUGAUGUCACUGAGGAAAGUGUGAUAAAUUUGGAGGAAACUGCAAGAGAGGUUUCCCCAAAGGAUACUGUAUCAGAGGUGUUUGAUGUCACUGAGGAAAGAGUGAUAAAUUUGGAGGAAACAGGAAGAGAGGUUUCCCCAAGUGAUACUGUAUCAGAAGUAUCUGAUGUCACUGAGAAAAGAGUGAUAAAUUUGGAGGAAACUGGAAGAGAGGUUUCCCCAAGGGAUAUUGUAUCAGAGGUGUCUGAUGUCACUGAGGAAACUGGAAGAGAGGUUUCCCCAAGGGAUAUUGUAUCAGAGGUGUCUGAUGUCUCUGAGGAAAGAGUGAUAAAUUUGGAGGAAACUGGAAGAGAGGUUUCCCCAAGGGAUACUGUAUCAGAGGUGUCUGAUAUCACUGAAGAAAUAGUGACAGAUUUGGAAGAAACUGGAAGAAGAAAAAUACCCCUACAGGAAAAUGCCCCAGAGGUCAGCACUAUAGAUGAAGUAGAAACACAUUUAGAAGAAACUGGAAGUGAGGUUUCUGUAGGGGAAAAUGUACCAGAGAUUGUUGAUGCCAUUAAGGAGAGAGAAACACAUUUGGAAGAAACUGAAAGAAGAGAAAUAGACAUAGAAGAAAAGGCCCCAGAGGCUAAGACUCAAGGUGAAAUGGAGACAGAUUGGAAAGAAAUUGAAAAGGGAACUUCCCUGGGGGAAAAGGUACUACUGGGGAUCAGUGCCACGGGGGAAAGGGAGAUUGAUUUGAAAGAAACUGGAGAAGGAGAUCUUUCCCUGAUGGAAAAGGUAUCAGGAAAGACGACUGCUAUUGAAGAAACAGAGGCAGAAUCAAAAGAAACUGGAGACGUUUCCUCAAAGAAAAGCAGAUCAGAAGAAAUUAGUGCUCCUGAAGAAAUGGCUGCAGAUUUGGAAAAAACUGGAAAAAUAGACAUUUCUUUAAGGAAAUACGGAGCAGAGGAGACCAGGACCUCAAGACAAAAUGACACAGAUUUAAUGCAGAGCAGUAGUAGUUGCUGCAACACUGUGUCUUCACUAACUAUCAAAAAUGUUAGCAGUGAAGUACUAUCCGUGGUGCAGACACCUAAAGAAGAAAAAAAUUCUGAAAAGGAACUAUCAGGUCACUUGAGUUGUUUGGAGACUUCUUUACAGACUUCUGAACCUGAUAAAACAAAUGACAAGGGGAUGCUAUCUCCAGAUGUUCCAGAGCAGUUUUCAAAUACUAAUUUAAGCAAAUCUCUUCCUCAAGAGCAGAAGCCACUAGAAGUUAAACCAGCACCUUUUAUGAGAAGUCGAUUCAAGAGACCAAAACCGAACUUAGCAAGAGCAACUUUAAAGAGAGAGACUGCAGAAGCAGAAAAAUAUGUACAUGGGAAGAAAUUGGAAACUGAUAAAACUGAGACUGUUGUGGUGCAGCAGACCAGUGAACAGGGUGUGGCUUCCCUAAUGACAUCAAGAGAAAAAGACAAAUCAGGUCAUAGGGAGGAGGAGACUGUAAUAUUACCGUGUAUACACACUGAAAAGGACCUUUCACCUUCAAGUUCUUGUGAUCCUGAAGCCAUGUCUCAGCCUGUACAGACCCAGGAAAAGGAAUUAGUUGUUUCUCUGGGGGCUCAUAGAACAAACACUUUUCAGCAAGAAGUGAAGGAAAGCAUUAUUCCAACUGCUCGAAUAGUAAGGAGCCGACUUCAGAGACCCAGACCAAACAUAAAAAAGGCUGGACUGAGGCAAAUAGAAAAAGGUGAAGCUGAAGGCAUAAUUAAGGAAGAAAGAACAGUAGUACAAAAAGAUGAAACUAAAAAGUUCUUGACUGUGCCAAGCUCUCCAGUUGGAACUGAAAUUGAAGUUGUAUCCUCCAAAGUUUCAGAAGGUAUAACGUGUGAAAACCAGAGUCACAUGGUCCUUGCGGAACCUCUUCAUCUUAACAAAAUAAAUGUUUUAGAUGAAAAGAUGAGACAUGAACCUAAAAGGUCUGUUCCUAGUCCAGCACAUUUGGUAAGAAGGCAGUUUCGAAAGGUUAAGCCAAAUUUGGGACGAGCACAUGGUAAGAAAGAUGAGCCAGGCAUAGAAAAAGACAGAGCAGAUGAGAGUGAGGCAAGGAAGCCAGAAGAUAAUUUGCUGCAGCCCCGAGAUUCUGACACCCACCUCCUUCAAAAAGAAAAGGCUGAGUUUCUGACAUCUUUGGAGGUUUCAGCAAGAAAAGAUUGUGUAGAUUCCACGGAGGCUACUUUGGCCAAAAGCAGUGCUCAUUUAGAAGUUGGACCAUCAGGAAGUGCUGGAGGAAAAACCGUAGGGGAUAAUUCUGUGUCUUCAGUUGCUGAAGAGCCAUGUCUCAGUAAACUAUCAAGCUCUCCACAGCUGUUAAAAGAAUCAAAUUACUCUAAAAUUGGUCUGGAUCGAAGAACAAUUGCCUCUUCUACUUCUGAGUGUGAGGUAGAUCAUGGUGGAAGGAGAAUGCAUCGCAGGAUGAAACCAAGUGUCACCAGAGGGCGUGGAUCAAAACGAGUUCGAAGUAAGACCUCUAGGAAGGAACCUCGUGCUUCCAAGGCCACGCUGGUGACUCUUCGGGCUUCACAGGAAGAAGAUGAAGAUGAUGAUGAAGAUUUUGAGCCAGAUUAUGAAGAUGAAAGUUACCAUCUUGCUCCAGAAGAAGUAAACAAAGCUCCAGUGUUUGUUCCCAUUGGUCUUAGGUCUCCCGAACCUGUUCCUGCUCAGAUCGAGGAAACAAUGGAAGAGCUUGAAAUAACUGUGAAUGUACCAGAUAUAGGCAUAGCUGUUGUUGAAAAUCCACUGUCAAACACAGAUGUGACUACUCAGGAGAUGAGACAAGAAGAAAAUUUGAAGGCAUUAUCUGUCGAAAUGAACACAGAUGAACAUACCCAAGAUGAAACAGGUACCAGUGAUGGAAGCACUGAAGCUGCUAUAACGUUACUUGCAAUGGGAGAUCUAGUGUUGCAGUCAGAAAUCGGGGCAGAACAGAAUGAUGGAGUAUGUGUACUUCUUGAUGUUCAUUCAAAGGAUAAAAGCUGUGUUCCUUUUAGCCCAGAUAAUGUAAAUCACAAAAUUGUUCGUGAAUGUCAGGAGCUUUCUUCACCUGUCAAUAGUACAUCUCCUUCUUCAUUAGAAGAAAACAAGAUUGUAUUGGAAGAGCAAAGUACUAAAGAAGAAAUUGGUUUAGUGGAGAAAGUAAAGGAAAACGCUGUAUCAACCAGGAAUACAACUUCUGAAGUGACCAGUAAUUUGAGAAUAAGAAGUAGAUUUCCCAAGCCUAAACCAAAUCUUAAGACUUCAGGGACCAGCAGGUUUGGUGUUCAUCAGGAAGUUCUCAAUUUGUUUGUAAACAAAGGAGAAGUGGUAGAAAGUCAAAGAGAAACUGAGAAAAAUAUUUCUGAAGCAACGGAAUUACAAGAUGAAAACCUUGGAUCAUUUAGAACAACAGAGAGUAAGGAGCAGAGCAAAUUGGCUUGUGAACAUGGUAUUGAAGAGACUGCUAUUUCUCAAGAAGCAAAUCUAACUGAAAGAAAUGAUGAUCAGGAAGAGGAAUCUCAAAAGGUUCAGAUAUCAUCAGUUGCUCCAGUUUCCUUUGAGACAAGGCCCCAUAUACUUGGUUCAGAUGUGGUUCUCCCUGAGAGUUCUGUUGAAGAGCCCCAAGGGAAGGACUCUAAUGGAGACAAUGUGCUUGCUCUUCAUAUGUCAGAGGGUACACUAACUAGUAUGCCAGAAGUCCAACAAGAGAAUGUAAUCAGUUCUCAAGACUUAACAGUGAAUCUAGUUGCUAAUGUACAUCAAGAUGGUGAGGAUGAACAAGCAUUCAUUUUAACUCUGGUGGAAAUCCCAACCAAUGCUGUAGAAGAAUUUAGUGAUACCAGUGCACAGUUAAUGCCAAACCCUUUACUGCCAGCACCCAUAUUGAUCAAAUCCGUGAAUACAGAAGAAAGGAGUGACAUGAGUGUGAGUUUUCCAGUAACUUCAGUUGGUCAGAAUACCAUCUGUUUAUCUGAUCCUGGAAAAGAUGAUUCUGAAAAGCUUCCUCCUGCUAAUUUGGAUCUUAUAUCUAGGAAGAGAUUUCACUGUAUGCUUGAUGAAAGUGACCAGGUUCCUCCUCCCAAAAAAAGUUUGCUCACUUCAGGAGAUGAUUGUCACAAUUAUACUUCCGAGGUGUGUUCAAAGGAAAUGAUAAAUGCUUCUGAGGAAACAGGGGAGUCUUACAAGGAACAAGGUAUCUUCCCUACCUCAGGAGGCACACAUACAACUCCAGAACCUCAGAAAGAGCAACUUGAACCAGCUUUUCAGAGUAUAGAAUCUGGGUCUCUUGAUAAAAUAACAGAUACACAUAUAGAAAAAAGUACAUCUCAGUUACCUCAGGAUGAGAGGAUUGUGUCUGCUAAGGAGGAGGGAAUUUGUGCUGCUUCGAAGUCUGAACAAAUGAAUAACAUUGCAUCAUCUUCAAAAACCCCAUUAUCCAGACCUGGCAGAAGACCCCUGGGAUUUUUGUCUUUAAUAUGUUCAAAGAAUAGUUUGGAGUCUGAUGAACCUACUCAGGUUUAUAAUAAGAAACGUCUAAAACCUCUUAUACCUGUAUCAAGAAAGAAUCUGAAAAGAUCAAAUCCACUCAGUGAAAGCCAGAAAAAAAUCCAAGAGUCCUCUGAUCAGCCUCCAUCUCCAAGUGUUGUUGAUACUCAAUCUGAGAAUACUGGCAGUUCAGCAACUCAGGCUUCUUGUGAUCGUCCCUUACCAAAAGAAGAAUGUAAAAGUAGCCAAAACCGGGUACCUGAGGAGGAGCCAACCACAGUCUCAGAAUAUUUCUUCGGUGAUAUCUUUAUCGAAGUAGAUGAAACAGAAUAAAAGUCUUUUUUUUUUUUUUUUUAAUUUUUUUAAGUCUAGGAUUUCCAGAGUCAAAUAUCAACUAAGCAGUAUUUAGAAAAAAGCAUCACUGGCUUUUUUUCUUUAGAUUGAUUUUGAAUAUUUAAGAGCUUGAUUUGAAGCUUUUAUAAUCAGUGGAAAACAUAGCUGAGGUUCCUUUCAUUCUGAUUGAUUCAGCAUUUUGGAAAUACAAAGCAGUUAAGACUGCUUCUGAGACAGAAAUAGCUUCUCUUGUUCACGUUUUGACUCUUACUGUGCUGAACACACGUGGACAUUUUGGAGUGCUGUGGGUAAACUCUCUGUAUAAAUCACAGUGCCGACUUAUUUGGAGGUAGAUUGUAUUUAGCAUUUAGUGAACUUAUUUUGUAAAGGCUUUUUUCUGUUUUUUUUUUUAUUUGUUUGUUUGUUUUUGUGUUUUAUUUGUUUUGCUGAAGGCCUUUACAGUUGCCUCUGAGAAUAUGAAAGCAUAUUGUGAAAUCUCCACUUUAGUAUGGUAAAUCUUAAAAACUUUUCUAUUAUCAGCUAUUUGACUGGAAAAUAUGUAUUUUUCUAAUUCAUGUUGAUGUAACAUUAGUCCUAAUUGAACAAGUAGUAUUUAAACUUAUUUAUAAAAAUGAAACAUCAAAAAGUUUAUUUAUUUUUAAAUUUUUUAUUUAAAGGAAUAUUGAGUUUUAAUUAUUUUCACCACUCAGAUUAUGGGUAAAGACAACAUUGACAAAUUUGUGUUUGUCCCUUUUCCCUUUAAUUUUUAAAGAUAUUUAUAGUUAUAUCACUAAAAGUAUUUGGAUAGUAUAUAUGUUUUGAAUACAUUUUUUUCUCAUAGUUUAGUAUAUUGAAUUUGUACUGUGAAGUUUUUGUUUUUCUUAUUUUUUUGGAUAAUCUCAGGAUUUGUAUGGGGAAAAAACCCUUAAUUUAUGAGGGAGAUUUGCCUACAAAAUUCAGUCCCUUUUACACACACACACACACACACACACACACACACUCACAUACAUUCCUUUUUUUAAAAACUAAUUUCUUGAUAGCUUUUUCCCCCCAUUAAAUUUUGCUUAAGGGGCUCUUAGGCCUUUAAGCACAGAACAUAAUUGUGAUAUUAAAACAGAAAAUAAGAUAAUAAGACUUUAUUUAGUCAGUGAUUAUCAUCAGUAUUAAUUUAAGGGUUGUUUUUGAUUUUGAAAUUUUGCUUUUUAUACAUGUAAUUCCAUUAUCUACCCAAGCAAAUCUUCAGUGGUUCAAAUCAAACUUCUCAAAAACAAAUUUGUUCUUUUACUUGAAAAGCCUCAGAGCAGGAGUUAGAAACAUUUUCUGCAAAAUAUUCUUGAAUUUGCAGGCUGGAUGGCCUCGGUGGCAGCUGUUUCAGUGUGAAAACAGCCACAGACAAUACUGAAGGGAUUGACAUGGCUGUAAUGGGCUUUUCAUUUGACCCCUAUAUUAGAUAGUAAUUUUCUUACCUUAAGGUGCUGACAUUUUAUCUUUGACAUAUCUCUCAUUGAAGUUAUUAGUUGUGCAUCACAAUUAAAACUGUGAUGAUUGCAUUACAAAAUGAGCAGUAUUUCAACUGGGAAUAUAUUUUAAUGUCUAGAUAAUUGUGUUUGUAUAUUGAAAAAAAUAGUGGCGAAUUUUCAACUUCAUUAGUAAAAUAGGAUGUGGUUCAGCAAAUAUAACAGUAAUCCUAAAAUUGCUAUUAGAGCAUUUCUUAUUCAUUGCUUUAUAGUGAAAUUUAUAAUUUAACUUUUGUGUCAUCAAGGGGGAAUCUAUAAAUCUGAGUGGAAAUUCUCAGUAGGUAUGCAUUAAUUUAUUUCAUGUGAUUAAUAUGUCACAAAAAUCAUGGUUGUCAAUCACAUAGCUAUUUUAAUGCCCUGUUUUUAUAAAAUUUUUAAAGUCUCAUAUUUUGAAACAGUUUCUUUCAUUUAAUCUUAGUUUGGAUGUUAGGUUGUCACAGUUAAACUAUUAUUCUAUCCCUUGUGUAAUAUUUAUUUUUUAACUUUGUUAACAUCUGUCUCUUGUUCAUCUAUAAUGAAUUCAUUUUAUGGAAGGUGUAACUUCUUACUAUAUAAAAAAAUAAUUUUAUCUUUGGGUAUUCAUUGUGUAAGAGAAUCAAGUCAGCCAAGAUAAAUUGUCCUACUAUUAUAUCCUUCAAACUAAUCUGGGAAAAUAAGAAACUUAAUCAUUGUAUUUACCUUACAAGGUGGAAAGAAUUAGUCACACCCUUUGUUUAUAUUCUUGUAAAGAUGAUGUUGUGAAGAAUUAUUUUGUAAAUCUGAAAGGAGGUAUGAAUAAUGGUCUUUAUUUUCUUGACUUUUCCUCCUGAAUACUUAUAUUUUAGCAAGUGGUCAACAUGAUGAUUUUAAAAGCCUAACUGUUGGUAAAUGAUUGAGGCACAGUUAAAAAUAUGAGUAUCUGCUGCUUACCACCAUGUUAUUCAAAUUAGAAGUGACCAUAUAUACUCUCUUGCUUGAAGGAGUUUUUGACAAAAAAGCAAUACCUGUCAUUUGUAAAUUUUCUUGUUCUAAAGAAAGCAGUUAUGUUCUAUAGAUAUAAAUUAUGUAAAUAAAAGUUAUUUUAUACUA